AGGUGGCAAUCCAGGAGAAUAUCUCAUUAAUCAAACUACCUCCACAUUGUACCAACUUGCUUCAGCCUUUAGACGUUGCCUGUUUCGCACCAAUGAAAUCAAACUAUGAUGCAAAGCUUACACAAUAUGUGCAGACAACUGGCGCACGAGAACCGCUUAGAAAAUCAGGAUUUGUUAACAUGCUAUGUAGCAUCUGGAGGCAAAGUCUUUCAGAAAAUAACAUAAAAGCUGGCUUCAAGGCAACUGGCUUAAUGCCCAUUGAUAAGACAAAGUAUAACAAUGAGAGGCUAGAUCCUAUCAAAUUGGCAACAUACAACUCAUGGGUAAGCAAAGGGAUGCCAACUAAUGAGAAUAAUGACCCAAUCCUUGAAGAGAUACCCGAGCCAAAUAAUCAGGAAGAGCCACAAAUUGAACUGCCCAUUGAACCAAUUAGGACAUCAACACCAGCUCCUACAACACUCACUCAUACAGAUUCAAAGGCAGGCUGCAGCCACUGGACAAAUGAUCAGUCUAAUUCAUUAACUAGUCAAAUUAAUCAAGAUGCAGAGAACAAUACUUUGAGUAAAUUCAGCACAGCAGAACUGGUUCCUGAACUGCAAAGAAGAGCCCCUUCAGGUAUGAAGUACACCAUCACUUUGGAGUUAAAACCUACUGAAACCACUCUGGAGGAGGUGCUCCAUGCCCGCGAUCGAAGUGCUACCCCAGUUAUGAAACGUAAAAGAGUAAUACCUAUGAAAGGACAGGUUAUUACCAAUGAAGAGUGCUUAAAAGAGAUCAAGAAUUCCACAACUGUAUCCACUGAGGAAAUGGAUGAUGGCAACACUUCCAGUGAUAUCUCGCUGUCUGACCUGCUGCCUCCUAUGACCCCAGAAGCUACAGAUGAAGUCAUGAACAACAAGAGAAUGCUGGCACUAAUCAUGAUAUGA